AUGCAGCUGCAGUUCCGGAGCUGGAUGCUGGCUGCGCUCACGCUGCUCGUGGUCUUCCUCAUCUUCGCAGACAUCUCGGAGAUCGAAGAAGAAAUCGGGAAUUCUGGAGGCAGAGGUACAAUCAGAUCAGCUGUGAACAGCUUACAUAGCAAAUCUAAUAGAGCUGAAGUUGUAAUAAAUGGCUCCUCGUCGCCGGCUGUUGUUGACAGAAGUAAUGAAGGCUUUAAGCGCAAUGUCCAACCAGCCUCGGCCAAAUGGAGACACAACCAAACGCUCUCUCUGAGGAUCAGGAAGCAAAUCUUAAAGUUCUUGGAUGCUGAAAAGGACAUUUCUGUCCUCAAGGGGACCCUGAAACCCGGAGAUAUUAUUCAUUACAUCUUCGACCGAGACAGCACAAUGAACGUGUCCCAGAACCUGUAUGAGCUGCUCCCCAGAACCUCUCCACUGAAGAACAAGCACUUCGGGACCUGUGCCAUCGUGGGCAACUCUGGGGUCUUGCUGAACAGCGGCUGUGGGCAGGAGAUUGACACACACAGCUUUGUCAUCAGGUGCAACCUGGCCCCGGUGCAGGAGUACGCCCGGGAUGUGGGGCUCAAGACAGACCUGGUGACCAUGAACCCCUCCGUCAUCCAGCGGGCCUUCGAGGACUUGGUCAACGCCACGUGGCGGGAGAAGCUGCUGCAGCGGCUGCACAGCCUCAACGGCAGCAUCCUGUGGAUCCCCGCCUUCAUGGCCAGGGGCGGCAAGGAGCGGGUCGAGUGGGUCAACGAGCUCAUCCUGAAGCACCGCGUCAACGUGCGUACUGCGUACCCCUCUCUGCGCCUGCUGCACGCCGUCCGCGGAUACUGGCUGACUAACAAAGUUCACAUCAAAAGACCCACCACGGGCCUCUUGAUGUACACCCUGGCCACGCGUUUCUGCAACCAGAUCUACCUCUAUGGCUUCUGGCCCUUUCCGCUAGAUCAGAACCAGAACCCCGUCAAGUACCACUAUUACGACAGCCUCAAGUACGGCUACACUUCCCAGGCCGGCCCCCAUACCAUGCCCUUGGAGUUCAAGGCCCUGAAGAGCCUGCACGAGCAGGGGGCUUUGAAACUGACUGUCGGCCAGUGCGACGGGGCCACGUAA